AGGCGUUCUUCAAUUUUCCAUCUCCCUUAAAAUUCUAUACCAUGCACAUAUCAGCUGUUUUAACUACGGCGCCAUUAUUUCCUAAAAACACCGCCGUUAUUCAAUAGGGUUGGAAAUUUUCAUUUGUACACUACACGUAAAUAUAACACAGCGCUCUUAAGUCCACAAGGAAUUAUUUAAAACGCCUUAGAAUGAAUUCUGAAGAGCAUAUGGCAUCCGGAAAUAGCACUGAGGGAGAGGUAUGUUGUAGAGUUUGCCUGCAACUUGAGGAGUUAAUGAUCCAUAUUUACGACGGUGGUGUUAUAGAAGACUUUCAAACGGACCUAAUCACAUUACUGGAACGCUGUGGAGGAAUCAAAGUAGAACAAUCAGACAGUUUUCCAAAAUUUCUAUGCAAGGAAUGUACGACUGAAUUACUGGUGGCUGCGAAGUUUCGUGAGAAAUGCGAACGGACACAACAAUUACUAAAAGCUGGUCCACGAAAGAGCACAGAAGAUAUUGGAGAAUGUUUACCUACAAAAUUAGGAGACGUAGAAAGUGAAGUACAUUCCACAGAUACUGAAGCUACAUAUGAUUCACGGUUUCUAAACGAUCGUAAUAUCAUAGAAAUUCAUCCAGAUAGUUUUGUGGAAACAAAUUUAAAUGAAGAAAACAUUGAAGAGACAGCUACACAGCUGGUUAGUGCAAUUACGCCCGAAAGCGGUGAACUUAUAGAUAUUAAUUUAAAUGGCAUUGACAUAAUAGAAGAAACCAAGGAAGGAUGGCAAGUAAUGGAAUAUUUUGAAAGUAAUAGCUGCGAAGGAGAACAAAAACAAGAAAUUUAUUCGCCCAGUAUAUAUCUGACGAAUGAUAUCAAGUGCCCAGAAAAUGCUGACUCACAAAUAAAUUCCGAAAAAAAAUUUAGAUGCGAUUCCUGUGGAGCAGUUUUCCUACAGGCAGCUAAUCUUCAAAGGCAUUUGGAAAAAGUGCACUUCCUACUACAACCAUAUUGCUGUCCCAAUUGUAAUCACACUUUUUCUAUAGAGCAAACUUACAUAAAUCAUAGUAAUAAUUGUAUAAAAUCCAAUGAUCAAAGUGCUCCAGCAAUUAACAAUAAUAUCCCAAUUAAAACAUUUCCAACGUCAUCCCAACGAGAAUGUGCAUACUGUGGCAAACAAAUGCAGUCCAACUUUGCUCUCAACAUGCACCUACGUACACAUACCGGAGAACGUCCUUACAAAUGUGACCAUUGCCCGAAGGCUUUCAAAACUCAGUCCGCUUAUACAAUGCACUUGAAACGUCACGCUCGAAAGCCUGACUAUUCAUGUUCAUUGUGCCAUAAGACUUUUUAUGAGACCAGCAAUUUGACGGUGCACAUGCGUACGCACACUGGAGAAAAACCACAUUCUUGCACUUUUUGUCAAAAACGGUUUUCACGUGUUUUCCUCUUACAAUUACAUAUGCGUACUCAUACCGGUGAAAAACCAUAUCAAUGCGGGAUUUGCAACCGUAGCUUUGCGCAGUUAUGUGAUUUAAAGAAUCACGAGCGUAUACAUACUGGCGAAAGAAAUUAUAAAUGUACUAUAUGUGGAAAGACAUUUAUAAAAAAAUAUUCACUCAGGGCGCAUAUGGAUCGGCAUGCCAUUCUACAGCCUGAAGAGGGAACUGUGUCCGAUGAAAAAAAUUUCGAAGUAGAAAGUGCCAAAAAUACACAAGUGGAAAAUGAAUCCGUCAAGUAUAUGCUUGAUAAUAGCAUGCUGCAAGGUGAUAGUUACUUUCUAUCCAAAGUUCCUGAAGACAGUUUUUGUAGCCUAUCUUAUGAAGAGGUGCCCCAACUGAAUGAAUCCAAUGCAGACCUUGUUUGGAGUGAUUUUAUAGUUGAGCAUAUAUGAAAUAAGUAGGAAUAUCUAUGUAUAUUUAUAUUACUUAGAGAAAUAUACGAAAAACAGAUAUAUAUUCUUACAUAUGUA